UGUGUCAAAGGUCAAACUUUUAAUCAGCAUUUGAUUUUCCGAGCGGCAAAGUAGCUGAAGUUAUUUCUCAAAUUUUGUUCGUGAAUAUCCACAUUUAAGGUGAUUAGUUUCAAAAUAGUAGAAAAUGGGUAUUAUCGACCAGGUGAGAAUGCUUCAUGAGGAGGGAUUGUUUUCGAAUGUGGCGAUUUUGGCAAGCCUCGUGAAAACAGCAAGUGAGCAGAAUUCUGAGCUGCUUACGGGCCCCGAAAAGUACCAGCUGCAAGUCUACUAUGCCGACGCACUGUUUGAGAUGCAAGAGUAUAAAAGUGCAGAGGUGAUCUACAGGAAAGCCCUGCAAGUCAAGAAAGUCCUAAACAAGAGCAAGGCCAAGGCCUCCCAGCCACCACCUCCAGCCACCUCAAAUGACGGCCUGCCCUCCGAGCUGAAUGUCCGCUACAGAAUCUACGAGUGCAACUACCACCAGAAGAACUACAGGGAGGCCAUAGCAGUGUUGGAGAGCAUUCCAGCCAAGCAGAGAAAGCCAAAGGUCAACAUGGCAUUGGCCAAGCUGUAUCAGCGAAUCGGCAACGAGCGACCGGCAGUCACAUGCUUCAAAGAAGUCCUCAAGCAGUGUCCUCUGGCCCUUGAAGCUGUCCUGGGCCUUCUGUCACUAGGGGUCAAGGGAACAGAGGUUGCCGCCCUGACAAUCAACAGUCUACCAAACACCAACAACUUGGAGUGGUUGACGUUUUGGCUGAAAGGGCACGCCUACAAUGCCAGCAAAGAUUAUGCCAAGGCUGUCAGUACUUUCAAGAGCCUAGAGUCUGGGAGUGUUUUACGAGAGAACAGCAUCGUGCUGUGCUGUCUAGCUGAGAACCACUUCCUGGCAGGGGACCUGGCAAAUGCUGCACUGGUAUACAAACGGGUUCACAGUUUGGAUAUGUUGUGUCUAAGAGGAAUGGACAUCUACGCUUACUUACUCGCACAUGAAAAGCAAAAGGAGGAACUCAUGAGCCUUGCGUCCAAACUGAUGGCGGUAACCGAGCAAAGAGCGGAACCCUGGAUUGCCAUGGGCUACUACUACUCCAACAUACCAUCCAGGGCCAGCAGGGCCGUCUACUUUGCCCAGAAG